CAUUUUUUUAAUUCUAUCUCACUUAGUCAGACCAGCUCGGAUCCUUCUCUAGAACCACACACACACACACACACUCAGAGUGAGAGAUUCAUCAAUGGCGGUUUCUUGCAGCCACUCAUCGAUUCUCUUGCCCCCAACCACCUCCUCCGUUGGCUUCAACCGCUUCCCUUGUCUCCAAACGCUGCGUUUCAAAUCCAGAAACGUUUAUCAGAAAGCGAGGAUCUCUACAGUGUCGGCGUCAUCUUCACGGUCUCUCGAAGCUCUGAUCUUCGACUGCGACGGUGUGAUACUCGAAUCGGAGAAUCUACACCGUCAAGCUUACAACGACGCCUUCGCGCAUUUCGAUGUUCGUUGUCCUCCUUCUUCAUCCGAGUCUCUCAACUGGAGCCUCGAGUUCUACGACAAGUUUCAGAACCUGGUCGGAGGUGGAAAGCCUAAAAUGAGAUGGUACUUUAGAGAAAAUGGAUGGCCGACUUCGACCCUUUUCGACUCGCCUCCCGAGAGUGACGAUGGUCGAGCCAAGUUGAUUGAUACUCUGCAGGAUUGGAAGACAGAGAGGUACAAAGAGAUCAUAAAGUCAGGAAGUGUAGAAGCAAGACCUGGUGUAAUAAGACUAAUGGAUGAAGCAAGAGCUGCUGGGAAGAAACUAGCUGUUUGCUCUGCAGCUACAAAGAGUUCAGUUAUAUUAUGUCUCGAGAAUCUAAUCCAAAUCGAGCGAUUCCAAGGACUUGAUUGCUUCCUUGCAGGAGAUGAUGUUAAGGAGAAGAAACCUGAUCCUUCCAUUUAUAUAACAGCUGCCGAGAAGCUAGGUGUUUCAGUGAAUGACUGUUUGGUCAUAGAGGACAGUGUAAUUGGCCUGCAGGCUGCUACAAAAGCAGGCAUGUCAUGUGUGAUCACAUACACUUCUUCAACAUCUGAUCAGGAUUUCAAAGAGGCGAUUGCUGUAUACCCUGAUCUCACUAAUGUGAGCUUGAAAGACCUGGAAACUCUGCUUCAAACCAUUGUCACUGCAGCUUAAUACAUGCAUUUGUAUAUUUUCAUUUUUGUCUUCUCUUCUGCAACUGUACAGUUGUUAUUGUUUUAAAAAAAAAAUUCAUUUCAUCGAUCAAAA